AUGCGCAACGAAUUGCUCGUCGGCAGCGCAUCCCUCACCCUCUUCAACACCCACAGCGACAUCGAACGGAUAUGGACAAAGCAGCUAGCGAACCCCGUCAAGUUCGCCCACUUCUCGCCCGAUGCCGAGUUGAUAGCUUCGACAGGCAGGCACGACCGCCUCCUCAAGAUAUGGCGACGCACAUCCUUCGGCUCGGCGGAUCAGAGCUUCGACUACUUCUAUCUCCCACACCCCAAGGCCAUCACAGGCUUGCAUUGGCGGCACCCAUACCACAAAGACCAGUCCACGGACAACGUACUAUACACAAUAUGCGCGGACCAGAAGGUGCGAGUCUGGGUACCAGGAGAGCAUCACGGCGUAGAUGGCAUGCACAUGUGGGCUGAUGUGGACCUCGUCGAGUCCAUAAUGUCACGCCAUGUGCCACUGGAGCAGCAGUCGAAGAAGCGAUAUGCCUUCUUCAUCGACGGCAAGCACUUCACACACGCGACGGAAAGAGCGAUGCAACAGGCUUCGGCGGAAGAGAAAGACCACGGCAUCGCGCUGCAUCACCUGAUAGAAGUCGCGAACCGCAACCCGGAGAUAUGCGUUGUGCUGGAUGAUAGAGGCAACAUGUCCGCUUGGGGUUUUGAGAACGUGGGUGCAAAACAGAAGAAGGUCACCGACGUCUUCAAUAUUGCGCAUGUCGAUGGACUUCAUCUACACUUCGCGAAGGAACCAAAGCCCAUUGAAGACAAUGUACAAUUCUACGCGUUUAUCGGCGACAAACCCGACUCCGAGUUGACCCUGCUAUCGCAUCACUUUGACGGGCGCAUCGAGUGGCUAGAGUCGCGCAUCGAUUAUCUGUUCGACCCUUCGUCACAGCCACAGCGCAUUCAGCGCAAGGCUAUGUGGACGGGGCACUCGCAUGCCAUCAAGAAGGUCAAUCGCACAGCUAGCGGAAGAGCAUUGGUAUCGCGGACCACGACAGAUGAAUGCAUUGUAUGGCUACAGCGGCAAAGCGAUCGGGGCAUGCCGUUACAUCGACACUGCAGCGUCAAAGUGACGGAGCACAUCCAUCGUACUGCUCUCUUGCAAGAGGGUAACUUCAUUGUCUUCCUACAUCAUGACGAGAUCUCGGUUUGGGACACCCGUGAUCAUGAAGCCGUUGAGAUGACACGGCUCGCGUACAAACUCCAGGGUAAACCUCUGUGUCUGCUAGUGAUACCAGAGGUCGAAGUUGGCGGACAGCGCAUACACAUCGCCACCAUCAGUUCCGAGAUGAAAGGCAUCUGCUGGGAGGUCACACUGCCAAAGCCAGAGCGAGAUGCACCUGCGGGUGAGGAACAGCCCGCCAUCGCGCAAACUAAUGGCUAUACCAACGGUCAUUCAGAGAUCACGCUCAAGGAGUUCUCCACAUUCAACCUUGGAUCUGGCGACGACCUUGCCUUUGUGCUGCCUGUAGACCCCGCUGGCACAGCACCCGUCAUCUCGGGUUUCCUUGACACCUUUGCGCGAGACAUAGCCAUCUCAUACACGAAAUCCGGAAUCAUCAAAUCCUGGACUGCGCGUGUCAACAUCGAAGAUCGAAAACUGGACUGGCUGUUGACUUCAGAGGUCGAGACUGGCGUCAAGAACCCAUCACUUGCUAGUGGCACGUCGAUACGUAAGGCUGCGUUGGCCGAUGCUGAUCGAACUACGCUCACUAUAUGGAACACCCGAAGCGCCCAGUUGGAACAUGAAGAAACAUUCGAAGGCAGCGGUAUCAUCCAGGAUCUCGACUGGUCUUCUACCCCCGACAACCAGUCCAUACUUGCUGUUGGCUUCCCCCACCGUGUGGUCAUCUAUGCCCAGCUGCGAUACGAUUACCUGAACGCCGGUCCAUCCUGGGUACAGAUCAGUGACGUGCGCAUUCGCGACAUCACGCCACAUCCGAUAGGCGAUUCGGUAUGGUUAAGCAGUGGUAAUCUGGUCAUUGGCGCAGGCAACCAGCUCUUCAUUCAAGAUGAGCAUGUCCAGGUGUCCGAAGGGCUAUUCCCUAGCUUACGUACCAUCUCACGGAAGACGGCAUCUAUCGACAUAUUCGAUGCGGUUAGCAGACUCAACGGUCCCCUACCCGCGUACCAUCCCCAAUUACUUUCACAAUGCGUCUUGGCCGGCAAGCUGCUACUGGUGCAGCGUAUCCUGAUUCGGCUUUACACUACACUCAAGUUUUGGAUCGAAGGUGAAGAGCUUGACAGCUCGCUCGGAUUCGCACCUGAAGACUUCUCAGAAGCUGAGGUAUGUACAUGA